AAGAAAUCGUUCCGUUCGCAACAACGAGGGAAGGAAAAGGGAAAUUCCGCUGCAGGCUUAGCCCUGCAGGUGGAUGCGCGUCAAAGUCGGUCUGCCGGAUUUCCCCUGGGUCACGAAGCAGAAAGUGAAAGUUAAAAAAUAAGAGGGAUUUCUUGUAAUUGCUCGGGAAAUGAGAGAAGAUGGCAGCAAGAGCGGGUCUGAAUCUGAAUAUGUCCGAACUCGCGAGAAACGGCAUCCAGUGGGCUCUCAGUGGACUCUUUCAAUCCUUGAUAGUCCAAGUCAAGAGAAUCUUGAUAUUUUCCACCACAGUGAUUAUGAGUUCUGUUCUCCUGUCUGCCUUAUGGCUUGCUGUGCAGAAAGCAGAUUAUUCUCUUUCGAAAGGUGAACAUGAGGUCACGCUGUCAAACACGCAGAAAUGGGCCCCGCACAGUGUCAUCCGAAUCCUAAGGGAUUUUCUGCAGUAUGCGGCUAUCGUGUUGUCAUCCUAUGAACCACUGUCCCUUCGGAACCUCUUGAGGCACCGCGAUCAGCUGAACGGGGUGAACUAUAUGCUCCAAGCUUGUUUCAAUGAAGCCAUUGACGGCUUUAAUCAGGAGCCCCUCUUGGUGCAAGAGAAUUCCAAAAUGGUCAUCCAUUGUGAUGGACAAACCGUACAGUUCCUCUCUGGCACUGGGGACUGUGAGAUUUCAGUGUAUGUCUUACGUAACAGUAUCCAAUAUGAUGUCCGGGAACGGACUGCUGAGAUGUACCUCGCUAGGCUGUCCAGUCGGCAAGAGCCGCUGAGUAUUCGUGAUCUCUUGAGGGUCAAAAGCAACUUACAGUCUUGGGGGGUGCUCUCAGAAGAACUGCAGGGUUGCCUGGAGUUUGCAGUGCAAGAAUACUCCGAGGAACCUUUGUGUGUCCAAGACAAUGCCAACAUGGUUGUAGACUGUGGUGGGCAAGUGCUGAAGUUUGCUUCUGGGCGUCAGGACAACGCCAUCAGUAUCUACGAUGUACGAGAUGGCACCAUCCACUACCAGGUCAGGAUCUCAAGUCUGUGGGCCAGCACCGUGCGGUUCUUCAAGGGGAACAAGGAUCACACGUACACACGUAGGAUGAAGCGGUCGCUGUUAGACUGAGCUAACAAUUGACUCCUCUGUAACAUCAAAUAUAUCAAUAUGGUAUAGCCCUUCCUGGCCAACAUCAGUUCAGAUGGCAUGUGGCUGUCGGUGCCAUUUUUAAUGUUUUUUUAAAAAAUCCCCAAAUCUUCUUGCAUGUGGAAAAACAAUAUAUCAAAGAGAAGACUAAGCUUUCAACUAAUAAAACAGAAUAAGCAUUUUUAAAGUAGCAAUAAAACAUUUUGCCUAGCUUUCCACAGGUGGGGAGACAUUUUGGAUUUUUUUUAUUUAUAAUGGGGAGCGUUUAGACUUAUCUCCCACCUGCCGUUUUGAAGUGGUUAAAUCCAGGAAGGACUGAACCUAUUUCUGCCACUGCUCAGGAAUCUCCUGAGAACAUCUAGACCCACCAACUGAGAAGGUGCCAUCCCAGCAUCCUACUAGAAUGAACUAACAGGGAUCGCCAUUCCUACUUUUAUUUGAAGAAGGGAACUUUGACUCUCGAGAGCUUAUACUCUGAAAAUCUUGUUGGCCUCUAAGGUGCUGCUGGACACAAAUCUCGCUGUUCUACUGCAAACCCAGUAGCAGCAGCCGACCAGCAUGGCUACCCUUAUGAAACGGUUUCUGCAUAGCUGAAUUGGUAGCACUUCCUUGGGAAAUAUAUUGGGAGUCACCCUACUGUGGCCCAGCUGCAGUGGUUUGUUGUUUAUUUUAUAGUUAUGCUAGUUUUUGGACCAGACGCGUCCGCAAAGAGGCUCACGGUGGAGAGAAACAUGGAACGAUAAAUUAAAACAAUAAAACACGGUGGACCGUCUUGCUAACAAAAAGAAAACAGUCUCACAAGUUAAACUUGGAUCUCUCUGUGCAGUUGACCCCAUGAGAAUGACUGUCUUGACCUGGUUUCUACAAGCCGGCAAGAGCAUUGUUUAGGACACUGCCAGAAAUAAUCCGGAGAAAGAAGUGUUCUUUCCUGUGGGACAUACCUGUGGUGAGCAACUGGCCCUGCGCUAUGUGCUUCUGUGUGUAAGCCACUGACCUGUGCAGUGCUCCUCACCCAGGCUUCUAAAGGUGGCUUUCUGGGUAACAACCUCCAUAGAGCACUGAAGUUUAAACAAGCUUUGCAGUGGCUGUUACCACAUAGUUCAGUAUGCAUCAUGUGGCUUACCACGCAGAUGAGACUAUGUUUUUUCACCCCAACCACCACUAACUUCUCAUUCUGGACAUUUGCAGAAGUAUGAAAAAUUUGUGCCUGAGUUACUAAAAGGCCAGACAGAGUGAUUUUAAAUAUGCCGUCCAUUCAUAACAUGUAAACCAGCACAAAGAGAGGCAGCCGUUCGGGACCAGCAGCUAUCCUGGACCAUAAAAGAGCUCCUUAGAUUUUAAGAUCUGAAUAUUUCUUCCUCAGUUUCUACUAAGGGUCUAGAGAUACAUAUGGUUCACCCAUGGUAUACACGGAGGAGCCCUGUGGCACAGAGUGGUAAGCUGCAGUACUGCAGCCCAAGCUCUGCUCACAACCUGAGUUCGAUCCUGGCGGAAGCCGCGUCCAAGUAGCCAGCUCAAGGUUGACUCAGCCUUCCAUCCUUCCAAGGUCGGUAAAAUGAGUACCCAGUUUCCUGGGAGUAAAGUGUAGAUGACUGGGGAAGGCAAUGGCAAACCACCCCGUAAAAAAGUCUGCCAAGAAAAUGUUGCGAUGCGAUGUCCCCCCCCAUGGGCCAGUAAUGACUUGGUGCUUGCACAGGGGACUACUUUUACCUACAGUAUACACAUUCCCCUCUUUCUACUAGAUUUACACUCAUUUUCUCGGAGUACAUUCUAUUGAACAUGCUGGCACUGCUGCCUUCUUGACUAAGUGUGCAUAAGUUGGCAACGAUUUACAUCGCUUUACACAUCACUUUACACUGACAUGGAAUUUCAUUUGCACAAAAGGGAGUUUUAAAAAACCCGUAUCUUCGAUGGCUCCUAUCUGUCCAGAUGGUGCAGUAAUGGAGCACUGGGAAUAGGUAGGAGCGGGGGAGGAGUGGAUAAAGAAACUAGAGAACUGUAAUAAUAAUUCUUAACAACAAAAAUUCUCUUUGACAACGGAGAUUUUCUCUUUGCUCUAUGAAUGAAUAGACCAUGCUGUGGUUGGUGAAGAAUCUUCUUUGCAGUCUAGUUUAUAUCACAUCACCUCUCCCUAGUCCUAUGCAAAUGUUGAAAAUUGUACAUUUGUGAAAUGGUACAGCAAAGAAUUGCUCCGUGUGAGGCUGCCCUCGGAAACAAUUCAGUUAAUACCCGGGAUCCGGAACUCAGCAGUCACAGCGAUUUCUGCUGUGAGCAGAAGGGAACAGAAAAUUACAUUCUCCACAUACCUUCUCUAUUUGUAAAAUCUUAAUGUGAAACCUUUGUUUGUUUGUUAAUUUUUUAUUAGGUUUUUUCACUUAGAUAAACAGUUGAAAAGAAACAAGAAAGGCAAGACAAUAAGGGAAGAAGAGAAAAGGCUAAGAAAGAGAAAAAAGCAAACAAAGGGGGGGAAAGGGUAAUCAUACCUAUUAUGGUCCACUUACAACACUGUUCAGUACAGUUUUAAACAACACAAUUAAAUCCUUUUACAUUCUUGGCAAGUUCAAGUCUUUAUGCUUAUUUGUAACUAUAAAAUGAUAUCCAAGGUCCGGCAAAUUCGUCUCCCAUUUUCCCUUUUAAUAUCAUUGUCAGUUUGUCCAUUUCCACUGUUUCCAUCAUCUUUCCCACAAGUUCUUCUUGGCUUGGUGUUGUUUGCCGUUUCCAAUAAAAUGCUAAUAAAAUUCUGGCUGCUGUCACUGCAUGUAUUACAAAGUGUUUUUGAUCCUUAUUAAAUUCCUCUGGAAUGUA